AUAAAGAAAACAUAAUGCAGCAAAAGGAUAGAUUACAGAAGUUUAAAUUUGCGAGUCAGAUUCCAACGAGUCGACUCAGUCCCAAACGACUCAUCACAUGUAAUGAAUCUUUCCUCCUAAAAUGAAAGUAUUUCUCUCUCGGACUCGACUCCAGUUUGUGCAGGGUUGGAAGAGUAAAAACAAAAGCUUCAACGCCAGGCAGAAACGGUUAAGUUAAUGUCACACAACAAGCACUGGUGACUAAAGGGUCGCGGGGGAACCUGGAGCCUAUCCCAGGGAGCAUCAGGCACAAGGAGUGCAAUCCAUUCUAGCAGAAGAGUCUUCAGGCUCCUCUCAGACUCUUCAGGACUCAGCUGUGUGUUUGUACAAAGUUUAAUAAUCAAAGAUGGAGAGUCCUGAUCUGGACACAGAUAAUGUGUCCCCACCAUCAAAAAACAGUAAACUCCAGGGAAAGAGAUCAGAAUCACCAGCACCCAGCUGUAUCUCCAUGAAGAGUGAUCAGUCUAUGGAGCCUCCUCUGAAGUUUAAAGAUGGAGACUUCUCACUUCUACACAGUGUUCUACAGAAUGCAGGAGACAGAAUAGAAAAGAUCAUCAUCACAGAUACAGGGCAUGACACAGAAUCUGCUGCUGUGAAAGAAUUCCAGAAAAAGUUCAAAUUAAAUCUGAUGAAGAAGUUUCAGUGUUUGAAUGGAGUGAUCAUAAACCUGGGAAACCAAACACUCCUGACUGAGAUCUACACAGAGCUCUACAUCACAGAAGGAGACAGUGGAGAAGUCAAUAAAGAACAUGAGGUGAGACAGAUCGAGACAGCAUCCAGGAGAACAACAACAGAGGACACACCAAUCAAAUGCAAUGACAUCUUGAAGCCCUUAUCUGAACAAGAUGAACCUAUCAGAACUGUGCUGACAAAGGGAGUCGCUGGCAUCGGAAAAACAGUCUCUGUGCAGAAGUUCAUUCUGGACUGGGCUGAAGGGAAAGCAAAUCAGGACAUCCACUUCAUAUUUCCACUUCCUUUCAGAGAGCUGAAUUUGAUGAAGGACCAGAAACUGAGUCUGAUGGAGCUCCUUCAUGUCUGUUUUAAUGAAACAAAAGAAACAGAAAUGUCCAAUUUGGAAAAGGUUCUGUUCAUUUUUGAUGGAUUGGAUGAGUAUCGUUUUCCUCUAGAUUUCCAGAACACAGUGAGAGUGUGUGAUGUAAUUGAAUCAGUAUCAGUGCAUGCACUGCUGAUAAACCUGAUCAAAGGGAAUCUGCUUCCCUCUGCUCUCAUCUGGAUCACCUCCAGACCAGCAGCGGCUGAUCAAAUCCCCUCUGAGUGUGUCCAUCGAGUCACAGAGAUACGAGGGUUCAAUGACCCACAGAAGGAGGAGUACUUCAGGAAGAGAAUCAGUGAUCAGAGCCUGGCCAGUAACAUCAUCACACACCUGAAGUCAUUAAGAAGCCUCUACAUCAUGUGCCACAUCCCAGUCUUCUGCUGCAUUUCAGCCACUGUUCUAGAAAGAACAUUGGGUGAAGAAGAGAGUGGAGAGAUCCCCAAAACUCUGACUCAAAUGUACACACACUUCCUCAUCAUUCAGACAAACAUCAUAAGAGAAAAGUACUCAAAGAAAGAGGAGAGUGAUGAAGAAAUGCUUCUUAAACUGGGACAACUGGCUUUUCAGCAACUGAAGAAAGGGAACCUGAUCUUCUAUGAGGAAGACCUGAGAGCGUGUGGCAUUGAUGUGAGAGAAGCAGCAGUGUACUCAGGUGUGUGUACGCAGAUCUUCAGAGAGGAGUUUGGGCUUCACCAGAGUAAAGUGUACUGCUUUGUUCAUCUGAGCAUUCAGGAGCACCUCGCAGCUCUGUAUGUGCACCUGACAUUCAUGAUAGAAAAGAGAAAUGUUCUUAAUCAGAAUCAGUCUUCAAAACUGCAGUUGACAAAUGGUACAAUCUCAGAUGUACACAAGAGUGCUGUAGUUCAGGCCUUAAAAAGUCAGACUGGACAUCUAGAUCUUUUCCUUCGCUUUCUUCUGGGUCUCUCACUGACAUCCAAUCAGAAACUCUUGCAUGCCUUAGUAACUCAGAGCGGAAGUAGCUCCCAGAGCAUAGAGGAAACAGUUCAGUAUAUUAAGAAGAAGAUCAGUAAAGAUCUCCCUACAGAGAAAUCCAUCAAUCUGUUCCACUGUCUGAAUGAACUGGGUGAUAAUUCUCUAGUGGAGGAAAUCCAACACUACCUGAAAUCUGGAAAACAAAGUGAAUUCUCUUCUUCACAGUGGUCUGCUCUGGUGUUUGUGUUACUGACAUCAGCACAGGAGCUGGAAGAAUUUGACCUGAGUAAAUUUAUCAGUCCAGAUAAGAUAACAGAAGAUGUUUUUCUGAAGGUGAUGCCUGUGAUUGCAGCCUCCAGAAAAGCAAUUGUCAAGUGUGAUCUACUUAAAAUGAGAAGUUGGACAGCUCUGGUCUUGGCGUUAAGCUCAGAAACCUCCAAUUUGAGAGAACUGCAUCUGACUCUGAAUACACUGGUUCUGACUGGAAAUAAUCUAGGAAACUCAGGAGUGAAGUGUCUCUCUGCUGUAAUGGAGAAUCCUCACUGUAAAUUGGAGACAUUGGGGUUGUGUAAGUGUAGUGUCUCAGAUGAAGACUGUGCUGUCCUGAUGUCAGCUCUGAGAUCAAACCCCUCACACCUGAGAGCUCUGGAUCUGUCCUAUAAUAAUGUAGGAGACUCAGGAGUGAAGAGUCUCUCUGCUGUACUGGAGAAUCCACACUGUAAACUGGAGAAACUAUGGUUGCAUAAGUGUGGAGUUUCAGAUGAAGGCUGUGCUGCUCUGACUUCAGCUCUGAGAUCAAACCCCUCACACCUGAGAGAACUGGAUCUGUACUCUAAUAAGGUAGGAGACUCAGGAGUGAGGAGUCUCUCUGCUGUACUGGGGAAUCCUCAAUGUAAACUGGAGAUACUUGGGUUGCGUGAUUGUGGUGUCUCAUAUAAAGGCUGUGUUGCUCUGGCUUCAGCUCUGAGAUCAAACCCUUCACACCUGAGUAAACUGGAUUUGUCUAAUAAUAAAAUAGGAAACUCAGGAAAGAAACUACUCUCUGCUCUUAAAGUUGAUGAACAUUACAGACUACAGUUACUGAGGAUGUGGUGAACAUCUGUGUGUGUGAUGAAGACUCCAGUGUUCCUGCAUUUCACUGUUGGGGAAUAGAGAAGACGUGCAUAAACACAUCACUCAUUUAAUUAUAACAUGCUAAACAGAUUCAGAGAUGUGAGAAGUGUGUGUUCAUCAUGCACAGUGAAUCAGACUGCACACAUUUCUACACUGAUUGUAUAACGAACUCUGACGCCUGGAUAAAAUACCGUGGACCUCAAUCCAAUAAAAAACCUGAGGGAUUAUUUGGAGCAGCAGGUGAAAAAGCACAUGAACACAAGCUGAACCCAGUCAGUGGAAGAGAGAGCUAAAAUGGACAGGAACAGUUUCAAGACAUUCAGGAAUUCUCAUCUGACAAACAUUUAUUCCUUUGUUUAAUUAAUGUCCCAGUGCUGUUUUACUAAAUGUCAGCACUUCUGGAAGACCACUUUAAUAAAAAUUAGUGGACCAAAACUAACUGUUGUAUAAUAUAGUUUUGACAGUUUGUGAUUUUUCUGUUUGUCAUAGUGCUACAGUAAAUAGCAUUCUUGGAAAGCCACUUGUCCAAUCAAAUUAGUGGUUCAGAACUAACUGUAUUGACAGUUCAUGUGAUUUUUCGGUGUUUGUGAUUAGUAUUUGUUUAGUAUUGUAAUAUGUUUAAUUUUCAUUUACACUGAAUAUUUAUAGCUGUAUUAUAUAGCUGUUUUGCUGGAUACAGAACUAAUUAUAUUGUAUUUAGGUACUUACAAUGUCUUGCAUAAUUGUAUCACAUUUUACAUUUUCUAUCAUUUUAUAUAAUACAUUUUGCAGAAAUUAAGUAUACACAAAACAAUUUCAUUAUUUUUGUUGUUUAAAAUUAACUGGAGCAUUUAUCAUGAAUGAAACAGUUGAACAGUUCUUCAAAAGUAAAUUUAUGUAUAACAACCAAAUAUAGGCUUUUGUUACUGUCACGAUUUCCCCUUGUGCAAAGUGCUGGAACAUGCCCUCUGAAGAGCAAGCAGGCGCUUCCGGGUUUUCCAUGAUAUUGGCUUUGUUUACUUUUUACAAGUGCAUCUGUUAUGGUUUAUGUCCUGUCUUUGCCACUGUAUUGCCACUAGUUGUUUCCCGUAUGUGCCAUCAUUAGUCUCAACUGUUUUGUGUUCACCCUUGAUUAUGUUUGUCAUUUAAACCCCUCAUGUCUCUUUGUACUUCGCAAAGUAUUACGUGAGCUUUCUGGGUACCAAGCAUUUGUUGCUUGUUUCAUGUGUUAUAGUUUUGAUCUUGUUCUCCCCCUCCAAUUCUGUUUUGCCUUGUUUAUGCCCAUUUGCCGAGUGCCUGACCCAUUGCCUGUUUUUGACAGUUAUUAUCUCACGUUUUGGAUUUGUCUCUGCUCUAGUAAAGCUUUUAUCUGCAUUUGCAUCCGUCCUAACCUCCAUUACAUUUCGUAACAUGACAGUUACACUAGGUGUCACGUAAUAAACAUAAAGGACACUAGGAUGGAUGCAAGUGCAGAUUAGAGCUUUACUUAAAGACAGGCAGGCAGACAAAUGAAAAAUAUCAGACAAUAGCGUGGUCAAAAAAAAGGCAAUGGGUCAGGUGAUUGGCAAAUAGGCAUGAAUGAGGCAAAACCAGAAUCAAGAACGAAGGCGAGAACGAGAUCAAAUCCAUAACACAUGAACCGAUAACAAAUGCUUGGUAUACGGAAAACUCACAUAAUACUUCAGAAAGACAUAAUGUUAGAACAGUUUCUUAUAUACUGUGGUUUUGAGUGUGUGUGAGGUUGGAUGCAUGUGUGUGUGUGUGUGUGUGUGUGUGUGUGUGUGUGUGUGUGUGUGUGUGUGUGUGUGAGAGAGAGAGAGAGAGAGAGAGCAUUCUGGGAACUGCAGUCCAUGGCAGCCAUGUUUGUAGGGCGCCAUGCAGUAUGGGAAAUGUAGUCACAGGUUUGCUGUGACAUGACACUAGGUGUUAUUCGAAGAGAACAUGUGCUUUUGUAGUUAAAAAUAAAUCACCACAGCAUGAGUCAACAUAAUAAUAAUAAUAAUAAGAAGAAGAAGAAGAAGAGAAAGAAGAAGAGUAAUAUAUUAUUAUUAUCAUAUUUAUAAUAAUUAUUAUCAUCAUUAUCAUCGUAAUCUUCAUUAUUAUUAU